AUGGCUAGGGCAACUGGACUACUUUCACUAUUUUCCACCAGCAUGGUGAUCAUGAUCAUCCUAUUCUUAGGUUUUGAGAAAGCUAUUGGUGAGAAUGUUAAAAUAGAUAUUGCUAAAUAUCCAACAAGAAGUUCUUGGAUGCCAUUGAAUUAUCAUCUUACCCAGAUGUUGAAACCAUGUACUGACAAUUUUAUUGGAGCAUGUGUUCCUGGUAAAGAUGAUGCUUCUUGUCGUAGUAUUUGCAAACAAUCCGGCGAUGGAAAAGGAGGUUUUUGCAAAACUCUUAAAUACAAAGAUCCACCACCCCAUAACUUCUGUCAUUGCUGUUGUUAG